AUGGUGUUCCGUUUUAGGAUCAGCAGUGAGAGUAGUGAGAGCAGUGUAGAGAGACCAGGGCCGGGCUCCUAUGAGCCUGCCAUCACCGACCAUUAUGAACUUCUGCGGGACAUUGGGGAAGGGGGCUUCGGGAAGGUGAAACUUGCCCGCCAUCGCCUCACGGGGACAGAGGUUGUGGUGAAGGUUGUGCCAAAAGUAGGCUGGAACCGCCCCUUCCUGUCUGAACCCCUUAUGAUGGGGGGCUUGGAUCACCCAAACGUGAUCCGACUCUUCCAGGUCAUUGAGACCCUCAAAUAUAUGUACAUUAUCAUGGAGCAUGCAGGUGGGGGACAUCUAAGGAGCCUCAUCUCGGAACCUGGUGGCAUGCCUGAGGAGGAGGCCCGCAGACUCUUCAGGCAGAUGGUGCGUGCUGUGCAGUACUGCCAUGAGAAGGGCAUCGCACACCUGGACCUCAAGCCCGAAAACUUCGUGCUGGAUGCCAGUGGUACCGUGAAACUCAUUGACUUUGGCCUGAGCACCAGAUUCACAGCCGGGCAGAAGCUGAGCAGGUUCUGGGGCACUCUCCAAUACUUUGCUCCAGAAGUUGUCCGUAGGGAGGAAUACGAGGGCCCCCUGGCGGACAUCUGGAGCCUGGGGGUGGUUCUCUAUGUCAUGCUGACAGGGAGCCGCCCCUUUAUAGCAAACAGUGUUGGGGAGGUGAGGAGGCUGAUCAUGGAGGGAGCCUAUGGCAUUCCUGCACAUGUUUCCAAGGGAGCUCAGAGCCUCAUCCUUGAGAUUCUGAAGAUGGACCCCAGGCAGAGGCCCAGCCUAAAACAGAUAAUGAGCCACCCAUGGCUGAGCCAGGGCAAGGAAGAUUCACCCCGUCCUUCUGGCGAGGCCCUCCCCACCCACCCGGAUCCUGCCAUUAUAACAACUAUGUUCGACAUGGGUUACGACCCCUAUAACAUCUGGGUGUCCCUGUCAAAUAAGAAAUACGAUGAUGCCAUGGCUACCUACCUCUUGCUCAAGUGCCAGAGAACCCAGGGGGUGGGUUGCACAUGCCAGGAGAAGCCCGUGCAGCCUGGGGUGGUAGGGCCUCGCCCAGCCCCUGCAGAUCCUCCUAGGGCCGACCCCAGGAAGUGCUCCAGUGAGCCUGCCCUUCGCUUGCCCUGUGAGCAGCAGAAGCAGCCAGAGGAGGCCAAGCUGUCUCUGCAGAAGGGUGGUGGCAGUGCCAGCGUGCCUGGCAUUCGUCUCCGCUUUUUCCACGUGGACACACCCCCUCCCAGCCUAGCCUCCCAGCACCACCCUAUACCCAGCACAACCGACCCCUCCAGCCUCAGUAGGGAGAUCACAGAGGACCACAGCUCCUCCUCCCAAGCUACCUCCACAGAGCCAACCCACCACUGCAUCAGGGGUUGGAGGAGGGUGAGGAAGCGUAUUGUCUCCUGCCUUCGACAGCUGUGUUUCAUCCCAUGCUUCAGUCAGUCAUUGUUCAGGAGCACAGUGGUUCCAGUGGAAAUCCCCAGCCAAGACCAACAGAACCAAUGA